AUGUUCAACCUCUCAAUGACAAUUUCAUAUUUUCUUGUUUUAGUUUGGAUAUUUGAUUAUUUUUGCAAUAUAAGUUUAUGGAUUAGCAAUAAUAAUUUUAAAAUAAUACCAUAUUUCAAAAUAGGAAGAACAUUAGCAGAAAAAAAAAAAUCUUUAAAAACUAGAGUAAAAAGACAUGCUCAUAGUGAGGAAGAAAAAUUGAAUAAAUGGUUGGAAGAUAAACAAAGUGAAUUACUUAAAAAGAUAGAAAAUCUGCAUGAAAACAACACAUGCAACAACACUGAUUUUAUUGAUUGGAUGCAUAAUAAAACUAACGAAAUGAUAUUAAAGUUAAAUACCUAUCCUUUCCCUAAUCUUAAGAGAAUUGCAAAUGAUAGUUGGAGUGUUUGGGAAAAAUUAAAACAAAUUUUUGAUGAUUAUUUUGCAUAUCUUAAAGAUAAAUUUUCAUGUAGAAUUACUCAAUUUAAUAUUACAGAUAUUACUGAUUGGAUGCAUAAUAAAAGUAUGAAUAUUGUAAAAGACUUGAAUUUAAACCCUAAUCCUGAUCAAAAGAAAAAUUUAAAUGAAACAUAUAAUUUAUGGAAUAAAGUGUCAAUAUAUGUUAAAAAUAAUAUAAUGAAAUUACAAAAUAAUACAAUGUUAAAUAGUAGUUCUGCAAAUAAUAAUUUAUCAACCCCAACUGAGUCAUCACCCACAUCUACUUCAUUAAGCACACCCACUCCAAUUGAACGUACCUCAUCACAUUCAUCCACUUUAUCUCCCAUAUCUACUUUACCAUCUACAUCAUCUUCCAUACCUACUACAUCACCCACAAAAUCGUCGAUGCCCAUUUUACCAUCUACAUCAUCUUCCACAUUUAAUAUAUCACCCACUUCAUCUUCCACACCUACUAUAUCACCCACAAAAUCGUCGAUAUCCAUUUUACCAUCUACAUCAUCUUCCACACUUAAUAUAUCACCCACUUCAUCUUCCACAUCUAUUUUAUCACCUACGUCUACUUCAUCAUAUGAUGAUUUAACUAAUUCUUCUACUGCUGUAGAUAGUACAGAUUAUUCUUCUUCUGUUGCACCUUUAGUUAUAACUGGAGAUAUAGAUGCAUCUACAAAUGGUUUAACUCCCUUAAUUCUUGAAGGGAGAAGUAGUAGUACAUAUAGUACAGCAUGCACAGGUUUACUAUGUGGGCCAACAAUUGCUGCCAUAUCCGCUCCUCUCGCUAUUGUUGGAGUUGCAUUUUCCUUAGUACUCCUUUAUAAAUAUACUCCUAUUGGAUCACUUCUUGGAAAAAAUAAUAUAAAUAUAAGGAAAAAAAGAAAAAGAACACGUGAAAAAUUAGUGGAAAAUACUAUGGAUCCUCCAGAACUUUUAAAUGAAACAGGAGAAAGUAGUCCAAAGAGAAGCAGAUUAAGUAGUUUUCUCAGAGCUUUUGGUUUUAGAUAUAGAAGUAUAUUUCCUUUCAUAGAUGAAGAUAAAACAAUGAGAUGA